AUGGAUGGGCAGGACCCAGCCCUGGGCUGUGAGCCUUUCACCUGGGAAGUGCAGGCCAACAACAGAGCCCACCACGAGCAGCUCAGGAAGAAAUCUGCCUUCUGUUUCAGCAAGAAGAAAUACGCGGGCAAUGCCAUUAAGACAGCCAAGUACAACGUCCUGACCUUCCUCCCGCUGAACCUCUACGAGCAGUUCCACCGCAUGGCCAACGUCUACUUUGUCUUCGUCAUCCUCCUGCAGACCUUUCCUGAGAUCUCCACGCUGCCCUGGUACACUCUGCUCUUCCCCCUGAGCUGCCUUCUCACCAUCCGUGCCCUACGGGACCUGAUGGAUGACAUUGGCCGACACCAAAGUGACAGAAACAUCAACAGCAGGCCCUGCGAGAUCCUGUCUGGGGAGAGCUUCCGCUGGCAGAAAUGGCGCGAUGUCUGCGUUGGGGACAUCGUCCGCCUGCACAAGGACAGCCUCGUCCCAGCUGACAUGCUCCUGCUGUGCAGCUCAGAGCCCAGCAGCCUCUGCUACGUGGAGACCUCUGACAUCGAUGGAGAAACAAACCUGAAGUUCAGACAAGCCCUCCUGGUCACCCACCAGGAGCUGACAAGUGAGGAGAGCUUGGCUGCCUUUGAUGGGAGAGUGACCUGUGAGGAGCCCAACAGCCGCCUGCACAGCUUCACUGGUGUGCUGCAGUGGAGAGGCGAGACGCACGCGCUGGAUGGCGAAAGGAUUCUGCUGCGGGGCUGCAAACUCCGCAACACCGAGACGUGUUGUGGCUUGGUUAUCUAUGCAGGAUUUGAUUCCAAAAUUAUGAGGAACUGUGGAAAGAUCAAGAGGAAGAAAACCAAGCUGGAUCGCAUGAUGGACCACCUGGUGGUCAUAAUCUUUCUGGUGCUGCUGGCCACGUCGCUGUGCCUCGCCAUUGCCUCAGGGUUCUGGGCCAAGAUGUUCCAAGAGAAACACAGCUACCUCGCUGCUCUCUAUAAGCACACGACUCCUGCCAAGCAGGCUUUCUUCAGCUUCUGGGGCUUCACCAUUCUCCUGAGCGUCAUCAUACCCAUGUCCAUGUAUAUCACGUUUGAAUUCAUCUACCUGGUGAACAGCUUUUUUAUCAACUGGGAUUUGGAGAUGUAUUAUGCUGUCAAGGACAUCCCAGCGAAAGCCAGGAGCACCAGCCUCAACGACCAGCUUGGCCAGGUGGAGUACAUCUUCUCAGACAAGACGGGCACCUUGACGCAGAACAUCAUGAGCUUCAAGAAGUGCUGUGUCAACGGGACCAUCUACGGUAACUUUUGGUGGUGGCAAGGAUUCUGCCAUGGGGAGAAGAUGUUGGACUCCAACAACGUGGGGCUGCGGGAAGCGGUGCAACAAAACAACGAUCCGGUGCUGCGGGAGUUCCUGCGGCUGUUGGCCCUCUGCCACACCGUCAUGGUGGAGGAGAGGGGAGACCAACUGGUUUACCAGGCGGCUUCUCCAGAUGAGGAAGCACUGGUGCUGGCAGCCAGGAGCUUGGGCUACGUCUUCCUGUCCCGAACGCAGGACAGCAUCACCAUCAGCGAGAUGGGGGUGAAGAGGACAUUCCAAGUGCUGGCCAUGCUGGACUUCAACAGCGAUCGCAAGAGGAUGUCGGUGUUGGUGAGGGACCCACAGGGCACGAUCCGGCUCUACACCAAAGGCGCUGACACUGUGAUCCUGGAGAGGCUGCGGGGUCGGGGACCCAACCAGGACUUCACCGAGAGGGCUCUGGAUCACUUUGCAGAGGAGACCCUGAGGACGUUAUGCCUGGCCAGCAAGGAGCUGAGCGAGGCGGAGUACGACGAGUGGAGCAGGAGGCACCGCGUGGCCAACAUCCUGCUGCAGGGCCGGGCGUGUGAGCUGGACAGGCUGUACGAGGAGAUGGAGCAGGACCUGGAGCUGCUUGGGGUCACGGCCAUUGAGGACAAGUUGCAAGAAGGGGUCCCUGAGACCAUCCAGCUGCUGAAACUGGGCAACAUCAAAGUGUGGGUGCUGACGGGAGACAAACAAGAAACAGCAAUGAAUGUUGGCUAUGCAUGCAAGCUGCUCUCAGAUGACAUGGAGAUCCUGGAGGAGAAGGAAGUGAGCGAGAUCCUCGAGGCUUACUGGGCAAGAAACAACAUCAGUGGCAGUGACUGUGUCUCACAGCAGCGCCCGGAGCCUUUGUGCCACAAGAAGAGAGCUCUUGUCAUCAGUGGGGACUUUGUGGUAAGGAGGUUAGUGGGGCUGGUUCUGCCCCAAGGCAUUGGAUGGCACCAGGAGGUACCCCAAAAUGGGUGGCAAAAGCCACAGGAGCCCUGUUUUGGGAUGGGGAACGAAUUGGUCUGCUGGGGGCUCGUGCUCUUCUUCAAGAAAGGUGUAGAUGUGCCCCCAUCCCUCUUGACCAGCCCUGGUGUGAGGUUCCAACCACGUGUGCUCUCCCCUAAGGACACAAUCCUCCAGACAGGAGAGGUGCUGCAGAAGAAGGGACAGCUGUGGCAGCAGCUGGCUUGCCAUGGGACCACAGACCCCCAGGAGCAGGGCAGUCUGGUGGAGAAGGCCUUUGUGGACCUGGCCACCAGCUGCCAGGCCGUCAUCUGCUGCAGGGUCACCCCCAAGCAGAAAGCUCUCAUCGUGCAGCUGGUGAAGAAGCACAAGAAAGCCACCACGCUGGCCAUUGGGGAUGGAGCCAAUGAUGUCAACAUGAUCAAAACUGCUGACAUCGGGGUGGGCAUCAGCGGGCUGGAGGGCGUGCAAGCCGUGCAGUGCAGCGACUACGCCCUGGCACAGUUCUGCUACCUGCAGCGCCUGCUGCUCGUCCACGGCCGCUGGGGUUACCUCCGCAUCUGCAAGUUCCUCCGCUACUUCUUCUACAAGACCUUUGCUGGCCUCAUGACCCAGAUCUGGUUUGCUUUUCAUAGUGGAUUCACGGCCCAGCCUCUCUAUGAAGGCUGGUUCCUUGCUCUCUACAACGUUUUCUACACCGCCUACCCUGUGCUUUCUGUGGGUCUUCUGGAGCAGGACGUGAGUGCCAAGAAGAGCCUGCGGUUCCCUGAGCUCUACACCAUUGGGCAGCAGGACGAGCUCUUCAAUUAUCGUAUUUUCAGCGUGACGCUCCUGCAUGGUGUCAGCACAUCGCUCACCAGCUUCUACAUCGCGCUCUGGGCCUUUGAGGACCACGUUGGCAGCAGGACUGUGGGGGAUUACGAGUCCUUCUCCGUCACGGUGGCCACCUCGGCUUUGCUGUCGGUCCUGGUGGAGAUCAUCCUGGACACCAAGUUCUGGACAGCGUUGUCUUUCCUGAUGGUCACAGCCAGCUUGCUGCUCUUCUGCCUCUUCUCCUUCCUGACCCAGAGCAUUGAUGCCUUCAGGAUCGCUCCUGCUGUCUUCCGUUUUCCAGAUGCCGCCCAGAACGCUCUGACCGACCCUUACAUCCUGCUGGUGAUCCUGCUGUCCCUGGUGGUGAACACCAUCCCCUCGCUCACCAUCUGCUCAUACAACGCCAUCACAGGCAACACCAGCAUCCAGCAGAACAUCUGCUGGAAGGCCAGACGGGAGCCGGAGCCCUCGGUGGAGCUACGCACCCACGUCCCCCGUGGUUCCUUCCACCGCCGUUCCAGCUACGCCUUCUCCCAUCAGGAGGGCUAUGCUGGCCUCAUCACCCGUGGGGAGAGCCUGCGCACCAAGGGCACCCACAGCACCACCAAGGGCACCCACAGCACCACUAAGGGCACCCACAGCACCACCAAGGGCACCCACAUCUCCAACAGCACCACUAAAGGCACGCACAUCUCCAAUAGCCCCCACAGCACCACCAAGGCCACCCACAGCACCACCAACAGCACCCAGAGCACCACCAAGGGCACCCUCAGCACCAAGGGCACCCAGAGCAUCACCAAAGGCACCAACAGCACCCACAGCACCACCAACAGCACCCAGAGCAUCACCAAGGGCACCCACAUCUCCAACAGCACCACUAAGAGCACUCACAUCUCCAACAGCACCCAGAGCACCACCAACAGCACCCACAGCACCACCAAGGGCACCCACAUCUCCAACAGCACCCACAGCACCAACAGCACCCACAGCACCACCAGCACCCAGAGCACCACCAACAGCACCCACAACACCAACAGCACCACCAAAGACACCCACAUCUCCAACAGCACCCACAGCACCACCAAGGGCACCAACAGCACCAAGGGCACCCACAUCAACAGCACCCACAGCACCAUUAAGGGCACCCACAGCACCAAGGACACCCACAGCACCACCAAGGGCACCAACAGCACCCACAUCUCCAACAGCACCCACAGCACCAAGGGCACCCACACCAUCACGACGCCCACACCACCAACGUCACCUGUGCCACCACAGCACUCCAUCCCCAAGGGACAGCCCCAACUUCGCCCUCCCCCUGUAGCUGCCCUGACCACGUCCUGCUGA